AUAAAUCUGUAUAUUCAGGGUUUUUUUUUAGUAUAUAAAAAAAAACUUUACAAACAGAGUCACUCAAGGAGUCUGUAGCAAAAUACAGUUUGCAGAAUGAGUUUAGCAGAAUUUAAAAAAGGUAGUGAAUAACUUUAAGAGCUUUUGUCUCAUCUAAAUAUAUCAGUCUCUUUUAUUUGUUUAUGUACUAAGUGUAAGAGCAAUUAAGUAAUCUUGGAGAUUAAACUGUAUCUUGUACCUUUUUAUGCUCUGAACUCUGGGUGUUUCUGGCUCCGUGUGUGUAGUCAGACCUUGAGUGUACCCCGCUUUACAUCAACACACCUCACAGCACUGCAGGCUCAGCAUCCUUUCAGCUAUUGGCUGAAAUGAACACGUGACGGUGACGCUAGACAGGAAGUACUGGACCCUAAACGUGUCUAUUUGUUUACAGUUUUGUAUUUGCACCUCGCUGCCGGGGAUCUCUUUAUGUGAAUGAAAAUAUUCAGAUAUCGGCGUAAUUUUUUCAGACCGAUAGCGUGAAAUGGCGGUAUAAAUAUUACCGUGUGUCUGCCGUGUUUACGCGGUAUAAUAAUGGGAAUAACACCCGCUAACAAGACACGCUGAAGUUACGCUUUAUUAGCUUGCUAAAAUCCAAAGUGCCCUUCACGUUACACUGACAGUGUAAUAGUCUCACCUCACUCUUACUAAAUGCAACGUUAAUCGCCACGUUUCUGUGUAGGUACGAUCCUUGGGUUUUCAGUGAGGGAGCAUUUGCGUUUAUUAACGCUAGCUACCAUCGGUCAAAGAAGCUAACAUGGGAGCAGCACAAGACAGGGUGACCUCUCACAUCGCGUCUCUCCAAAGAUAAGGGACUAGAUGGUGACACAGAAUGACCAAAGACCCCGUGGAUCAUGGCAUUAACUGAGGUUUACUGGGAUAACCAAAUACCCCUGCCAAAGCUUGCUCCAGUCCAGGCCAAGGUCACGGUUUCCUUGGUGGCACUCCUGUGCUUCAUUAACAGUUAUGAUGGGGAGUUUGUGUUUGAUGAUUCUGAAGCAAUUGUCAACAAUAAGGACUUGAGACCAGCCACACCCCUGAACAACAUCUGGAGGAAUGACUUCUGGGGAAGCAACCUGAGUAGCAACUCAAGUCACAAAUCCUACCGACCUCUCACUGUCCUUACAUUUAGACUGAACUACCUCUUGGCAGGAGGCCUGUACCCUGUUGGCUUCCAUGUGCUGAACAUCAUCCUCCAUGCUGUCAUAUCUGCCCUUAUGAUUGAUGUGUUUGCUAUACUGAUUGGUGGACUGGCCUAUGGUGAGAAGGGUAGGAUACUUAAGCACACUCCCAAGACCUCUCUGCUCGCUGCCCUCUUCUUUGCUGCACACCCAGUUCACACAGAAAGUGUGGCUGGUAUAGUGGGUCGAGCAGACCUUUUGUGUGCUCUGUUCUUCCAGCUCUCUUUCCUCACCUACUGCAAAGCUUUCACCAGAGGGAGCGACAGAAAUGACAGGUUUUCUGUCCAGUGGGUUGUGGUGAGCCUCUUGCUGUGUGCUGCCGCGAUGCUCUGUAAAGAACAAGGCAUCACAGUCUUGGGUGUAAAUGCAGUGUUUGAUGUCCUCCUGAUCUGUAAUGUUAAUGUGUACGAACUCGGCCAGAGGCUACUCCUUCGGAAGAAUCCACUUGAUGUAAGCGAGCUGUUCCGAUCAGGAUUGCUUACACGACUGGCUCUCAUGGGUCUUGGAGGACUCUUAAUGCUCUAUGCACGCUGGAGGAUCAUGGGAACGGGACCACCGGCGUUCACUGAAGUAGACAACCCUGCCUCUUUUGCAGAAAAUAUAUUUCUUAGAAUAGUGAACUAUAAUUACUACUACACUCUAAAUGCCUGGCUGCUGCUGUGUCCCUGGUGGCUGUGUUUUGAUUGGUCCAUGGGCUGUGUGCCUCUCAUUAAGUCAGCCACUGAUUGGAGGAUGGUGUGGCUGCUGCUGUUCUGGUGCAUCCUGAUAGGCUUGAUAAGCCAAGCCUUAUGCUCACAGGACAGGCAGCGGAGGAGGACACUGACCUUGGGUCUGGUUUUGCUUGUGGUCCCUUUUCUGCCAGCCUGUAACCUCUUUUUCAGGGUGGGCUUCGUCAUUGCUGAGAGAGUGCUUUACCUGUCUUCGGCGGGCUACUGCCUUCUGCUGGCCUGCUCCCUGGGACACUGCUGCUACUGUUGGACCAAGUACAGGAAGCUGUUGUGUGCGUCGGUGCUUGCAUUGUUGUGUGUAUACGUAGCUCGCUGUGCCCUCCGCAGUCACCAGUGGCAGUCAGAGCAAAGCCUCUUCACCAGUGCCCUGUCUGUCUGUCCACUCAAUGCCAAGGUCCAUUACAAUGUAGGUAAGAACCUGGCUGACAGAGGAAACACUACCGCUGCCAUCAGAUAUUACAGAGAGGCAGUCAGGCUGCAUCCUACCUAUGUCCAUGCCAUGAACAACCUGGGAAAUAUCCUAAAAGAGAGGAAUGAACUGAUCGAGGCGGAACAGCUUUUGUCUAAAGCUGUUUCUAUUCAGCCUGACUUUGCUGCUGCUUGGAUGAAUCUGGGUAUAGUUCAGAACAGCUUGCAGAAGUUUGAGGAAGCAGAGCAGAGCUACUGGAACGCCAUCCGCUUCCGGAAAAAAUACCCAGACUGCUACUAUAACCUGGGUCGCUUGUAUGCUGACCAGAACAGACAUGUGGAUGCACUGAACGCAUGGAGGAAUGCUACAGUGCUAAAACCUGACCACAGCCUGGCUUGGAACAACAUGGUCAUUCUGCUAGACAACACAGGUAACUUGGGUCAAGCAGAGUUGAUCGGCCGAGAGGCUCUGAAGCUCCUCCCCAAAGACCACACUAUCAUGUUUUCAUUAGCUAAUGUCCUGGGGAAAUUACAGAAAUACAAGGAGUCAGAGGGCUUUUUCCUUCACGCUCUUCGAAUCAAUCCAAAUGCUGCUAGUUGCCAUGGCAAUUUAGCUGUGCUGUAUCAUCGCUGGGGAAAGCUGGAGCUGGCAAAGAAACACUAUGAGCUGUCUCUAAAGUUGGACCCUGAGGCUCCUGGGACCAGAGACAACUACAACAUGCUGCGUCGCAAACUGGACCAGCUUAAACGCAGCACUCCCUGAGGGAACCCACUGGGACCCCUGCCUGCCGUAAAACAAUUUUUUUCAUUGUUCCACAUGGUAUGAUUUUAUCACACUAAUUCUGGCUUUGUAAAUAAAGACCAUGAUCUGUG